GAGAGCAUAAAAGAGCCCCAGAAGGAGCCCCGGAGCUUUGGCGGCUCCGCAAACGCUUUGGGGCUGCAGUGGGGAGACGAGAGAGAGAAGGAAGAGGAGAAGGAGAAGAAGGAGGAGGAGGUGUGUGUAUAUAUAUAUAUAUAUAUAAUUGUGGUUGCAACAGAGGGAGGAGUAAGAGAGGCAUUGGCUCAUUCAUUGCAGCAGCAGGAACAGCCGGCUGGCAAGGGAUCCAAGGAAGCCGGAGUUCCCCAAGAAGCAGAGGAGGAGGAGGAGGAGGAGGAGUUCGGUUGCUCUUGGGUCUUCAUGAAGAAGACGUUUUGAUAGCCAUCCUCCUUGAAACCCUCCCUCCGCGAUGCCCUGGAACGUCAAAUGGCUGAACGGCUACAGCAGCCACAGCUCCCAGUCCCAGAAGCAAUGCAAGAAAUCCUCCUUUGCCUUCUACCAAGCUGUGAGAGACCAGUUGCCCGUGUGGCUCUUGGAGGACAUGCGGCGCAUGGAAGCCUUUCAUUGGCAAGAAGGAGGCAAGGUCAGCAGCUACUCUCCUUCGGAGGCCCUUCUCUAUGCUUUGGUGCACAACCACCAGCCUUAUGCCCACUACCUCCUCAGCAAAUUUCCUAAGAAUGCCCUGGCGAUACCCAGCCUGCAUUUCAGCUGCUGCCAUUCGUCGGCCCCUCACUUGGCCAUGGCCGUCCGGUACAACCGCGUCCACAUCCUUUUAGAGAUCCUAAAAGCCAUCAGAGACUUCCCCGCAAGCGAACGAGCCGGUUACUUAGACCGCCGAGGCUGCAGCCGCGUGGAAGGGGGCAAGACGUCUCUCCACUUGGCCUGUGAACUGGCAAGGCCCGAGUGUUUCCUUUUGCUGCUGGGCCACGGUGCCUCAGCUUGCCUCUGCGAUGGUGCUGGAAACACCCCUCUGGACCUCUUGCUGCAGCAGAUCUGGGAAAACCCGUCAUCCAACCUACGCACCAAGCUGCUCCUCCUGGACUCCCUGUUCCUCUUUAUGCCUCAGGGUUUCCAUUUUGCACAGAAGCCGCAGCUCCUGGAGGACAGGCAACAAUGGCAAGAACUAUUGGGGAAGCAACGGUUUGAGUGGCUGGCAGGCUUAGCACCUUCUUCCCUCUUUGUCCAGUCUAUGCAAGUCUUACUUGGGACCAUUUCUCCAGAUCAGUUCCCCGAGGCGCUGGAGGCCCUGCCUUUGCCACAAUUUCUGAAGCCCUUAGACCUCAAACUGAAGAGUUAAGAACUUCAUACUAGAGACUCUUCCUUUCUGCUCUCCCACCCUGCAGUUCUUGCUUGUGUGAUGAAAAUAAGGAUUUUGGCUGUUGCCUGGAGAACUCAUGUGUUUAAUGUACACAACUGUGUGGGAGAUGGGGAAGCCUUUGUUUUAAUUAGAACCUUUUUUAAAAAGA